GUCUGGUAAUACAAAGCACGUUGUUCUGUCUUUCUUUUUUUUAGGAUUUUGAAACACAAAAAAAAACAAUUUCAAUUUGAAUUCGAACUAAAUUUUUUUGUGAUUGCGUCAGAAUUUUUUUUUACACUGAUCCAAUUGUUUUCUCGGUUAUUUUGAUUAUCAAUUUUGAUUUUAUUAAAAAUGAGUGAUCGUGAAGAUUCACCCGAACAAAUGGAUAAUGGUGGUUCACCAGAUGUUGAUGAUCAACAUGAUGAUCGUUCAGGUUCACCACAAGAUUCCGAAUUAGAAUCACAUCGUUCAGCUAAUGGACAUUCACCACGGCCAGCUGGUCGAUCACGCUCAAGAAGUCGCAGCAAUGCUAGACGUUAUCGUAAAAGUCGUUCAAGAAGUGGAUCACGUUCAAAAAGUCGCAAAUAUAGUUCCCGACAUUCGCCAGAUUCUUCAAGUCGUCGUACGAAACGAUCUCGUUCACCAAUGUCAUCUAGACGACGACAUGUUGGAAAUCGUGAAGACCCACCUUCCGGUCGUUGUUUAGGAAUUUUCGGCCUUUCAAUCUAUACCCAAGAGCGUGAUCUUAAAGAUGUUUUUUCAAAAUAUGGUCCAAUUGAAGACGUACAAAUUGUUUACGAUGCACAAACAGGACGUUCUCGUGGUUUUGCUUUUAUUUAUUUUGAAAAAGGAACUCAUGCCGUCGAGGCUAAAGAUCGUUGUAAUGGCAUGGAAAUUGAUGGUCGUAAAAUACGUGUUGAUUUUUCUAUAACUCAACGGGCUCAUACACCAACUCCUGGAAUUUAUAUGGGCAAACCAACACAUCCUCGUUAUCGAAGUAGCGGCGGCGGUGGUGGUGGUGAUCGAGGUGGAAGUAGCUAUAAUCGUGGAUAUCGAAAUUCAUCUGGACACGGUAGCGGAUUUGGUGGUGGCGGUGGUCAUAGUAGUAGUGAUCAUCAUCGUCGCCGUUCACCAUCACCCUAUCGUUCAUAUUCAUCAUCAAGAGGUAGACGAGGGGGACAUACAUCUUCAUCGGCUAGAUUUUCAAGAUCUCGUUCACGUUCAUUUUCCCCUCGAUUCAGAAGAAAAAAUCCAUAUUGAAUGAAAAUUAUUGUUUGUAAUUUUGAUUAAAUUGAUGAUGAUGAUUUGAAGAAAAACAAAAAAGAGCAAAAACAAAAAAUGAUACUCAAGCGUUUGAAUUAUGAAAAAAAAUCAAGUAGCAACGGAAAAAAGUUCUUUCGGGCAAGUUUAAUCGGCUAGAAAUGAAAUCAAACAUUUAAAAAGAAAAAACGAAUUAGCAAGAUUCUGACCAGAAAAGAAACAAUAAUUCAAAAACAAAAAGUUAGCGCAUUGAAUUAAUGAUCAUUGAUUGAAUCGUCUGCGAAUUAAUUUCUUCAACCAAUUCAGAACAAGAACAAAACCGAAAAGUAUUACAAUUCAAAAAUCAUUUAUUUGAUUGAAGUUUAUGAAGUUUUAUCGUAAUAAUAUUACUAAGAUUCACCGAUCUAAUCCAAUGAUGUUGGUGACUGAACUGUCUUCGGUAGAAUUCAAGAAAAUCUGUUCAAUAACAAAUGUUUUGUUUUCGAAUGCAUGAUAAUGUUGAAGCCAAAUGAAUAUUUUAUUCAAUGAAUGAAUAUUAUAAAUUGUUGGGUAAGUUCAAAUUCAAAGAAUUUGAAUAUUUUUGAUAUGUCAUUCAAUUGACAAUCGAUUGGGUAAGUAAAUGCUUUUUUUAAUAGAAA